AUGGCAUGGAAACUUAGUGCUGUUUGCUCGAAAGCUUCCAUGAAUCCAUCAACUAGAGAAAGGGCUACGCUGGCGUUCCUGACGAGCGGGCUGUUCAUCGGCUUCAGCUCGCCUAUGAUCCCGCGGCUGCAGCAGAACACGUCGCACAUCGUCAUCUCGGCGGACGAGGGCUCGUGGAUGGCGUCGGUGGGCAUGAUCACCACCGUCCCGCCCUCGCUGCUGUCCGCCUGGCUGGUCGACGUGGUGAUUCCGUUGUACUUAGUGGAGAUAGCGGAGGACCGCGUCAGAGGAAUGCUGAUCACGCUCUUCACACUGAUGGGCGGGACAGGCUCGUUCCUGAUGAUGAUCGUAGGUUCCUACCUGCCUUACUUCGCGGUGACCGAGUUCAUCAUGCCGUGGCCCGUCGUAUUCGUGGCGAUAUUCUGGUGGAUGCCGGAGAGCCCUUACUUCCUGGUUGCCAAGCACCGGACAGAGGCGGCCAAGACGGCGGUGAUGAGGCUGCGCGGGAAGAACUCGGAGAAGGACGUGAGCGCCGAGCUGGACGCCAUCCAGAAGGCCGUCGACGACCGCAGCAAGAAGGAGAUCAGCGUCGCCGACGCCUUCCGAGCCCUGCGCAGAGACCCCGGGGCGCGCCGUGCUGUGGCGGUGACGUUGACGUUCACGGUGCUGCUGGCCCUGAACGGCAGUGCGGCCAUUAGCGCGUACUCGACGCAGAUCUUCCUGACUAGCGGCAGCACGCUGGACGCGAGCGUGUCGGCCAUCGUGCUGCUGAGCGUGCAGCUGUUCUUCUCGAUCGUGGCGACGCUGCUGGUGGACCGCGCCGGCCGCCGGCCCAUGCUGCUCUUCUCGUUCGCGGGCUGCACCAUCGCCAUGGCUGUGAUCGGCGUCUACUUUUACCUGACUGAGUACGGCUCCCAGGAGGUGGUCAACAGCCUCUUCUGGCUGCCACUCACGACGCUGCUCUUGUACUAUAUAUCCUUUAACGUCGGAGCGAAUGCACUGCUGUGGGUGCUGACCAACGAGCUGGUGCCGUCGUCGGUGCGCGGACUGUGCAACUCCACAUUCAGCGUCCUCAACUCCGUGCUGACCUUCAGCAUCACCAAGCUGUUCCAGGUUGUCGGCGACUCGCUCGGGUCGUUCGUGCCGUUUUGGUUUUUCUCGGUCUUCUGCCUGCUGGGACUCAUCUUCACCUGGUUCUUCAUCCCAGAAACUAAGGGCCGUUCUCUGGAAGACAUAAAGGAGGAGAUGGAUACUAAAGCGGCUGGCACCAAAGAAUCUGCAGAAAAGGUAUAA